AUGGCAAUCGCCAAUCACCUACCGCAACAAAUUGCGGGCUUCAUGCCUCGACGAAAUAUCCUUAUACCGACGCUGUGCAUCGUCAGCAUCAUCUUGAUAUGGUACCUCCAGGUGCCUCCAACGUCAGUGGAAUGGAGUAGCACUUCGAGAACCGGCGCUGAGCAAGCUGCCGCACCUCGUCCACCAUCACAGCCGCCGCCACCAGCGCAUCCCGUGAAACCCGAGCCGCCAGCCAAACCAGCAAAGCCUGUGACACCAGCACCACCAGCGAAUAUCGAUUUUGAUCUCUCCGAUCCCGAAGCCCCAUUUGUGGGCUGGCCACUACGGCGAGUUUGCGACGAAACGACCUGGGUGGAAGGGCUGGUCUACAUUUGCGACAACAACUCGGGCGGUGUUGGGAACAUUCGCAACUACAUUCAAACGUGUCUACGGUAUGCGAUCGAGGCUGGCGCAAGCGGACUGGUGGUCCCCAAGAUUCGGAAGCGAUCGGACAAGGAUCUGGCUGAUCUGUUCACCUCUUACCUCCCGCUAUCAUACAUGUUCGAUGAGCAGCACUUCAAGGAUGCGUUCCAGACGAACUGCCCACAGAUCACCCUCUACGAUGAGGUAACGGACAUCCCCAAUGUCCCUCUGGAUAUGGACAACAGACCGCGCAUCGAGGAAAUAGCUCCGAAGGACUAUGGCAACCGUAAGGGGUGUGACUGGAAAGACCAGAACCGCCAUACCGACCGCUUCGGUGACACUUUCCGCAUAUGGGUUGGAAAUGCAUCAUACGGUAUUCCUCCGUCGCGCGAGCAUCCGCGGCUGAUUCGAUUUAAAUGGGGCGUGCUUUGGGACUGGCAGAUUUGGCGCGAUGGGCCUGAGUUUGCUACAACAUUUGGUAGUGUUCUGAAAUUCAACAAGGAGCUCCUGCGUCUUGGGAAAAUCGCAUUGAAGAACAUGCAGAGCCUGGCACAGACCCAGGGAGCGCGAGAAGGGGACUUUCUAGGUGUGCAUCUCAGAACGGAAAACGACGCAUUAAACUUCUGGCCCGUGUACGACACUCAAGCUACGGGCUAUUUGCGCAAGGCAAAGGAAGGGAAUUACAAAGCUGCAUAUCUGGCCACUGGCAAUAUCACGGAGGCCAAGAAGUUCGAGAAGCAGGCGCUUGAGACUGCUGACAUGAAGGUCGUGACGAAACGAGAGCUGCUGGCCGGCGCAGACCUCGAGGCACUUGACGCGUUGAGCUGGGACCAACAAGGAUUGGUCGACUUCGUCGUGCUCCUAGGAAGCAAAUACUUUGUUGGGCCCAUGCCCAGUAGUUUCUCCGUCUUCAUGACAAUCAAGCGACAUCUGAAGACUGGCGGGUUAUACACAAGACCAUAUAAGACGGGCACAGAAGGAGACGGCCUUAGCUAUCUCGUCGGCCGAUACGAGCAAUACUGGGAGGACUGGCUAUUCAUGUUUGAUGGCAUGUGGCCCUGA